AUGGAAGGAAGAAGAGUCUUGGUAACGAAGAAGAACAUCAUCUUCUUCUUCGUCAUUAGUUUAUUAGGUUGGAACCCAGAGCUAUCGGAAGCUCAAAUGGCGCCAGCGCUAUUUAUUUUUGGAGACUCCCAAGUAGAUGUAGGAAACAAUAACCACCUCCUUCUCUCCAUUGCCAAGGCAGAUUUUCCCCACAAUGGUAUCGAUUUUGCCAGACAACAACCGACCGGUAGAUUCUCCAACGGCAAGAAUGCAGCAGAUUUUCUAGCUAAAAAAAUAGGGUUAUCAAGUUCACCAGCAUAUCUUUCCUUGUCAGAUGAGACGCAUGCAUCGUACAUGAACGGUGUUAACUUUGCCUCCGGUGGUUCCGGAAUCUUGAACAGCACGGGUUAUUAUGGAAAAUCCAUCCGUCUGACGGAACAGAUACACAACUUCUUCAAGGUACAUCAAGUCAUGGUGCAGAAGAUGGGGUCUAAUGGUGUAGAAAAGCAUUUUUCCAAGUCUCUUUUCGUCAUCGUCACAGGUAGCAAUGACAUCCUCGAUUGCUUUGAAUCUGAAUCCAAAGAUGAAACGGGAAAGCCACGGGAACUUGUGGAUUUGAUGAUUAACUACAUGAAAUCACACGUUAAGAAAUUAUACGAAUUCGGUGCCCGUAAAGUUCUAGUAGCCGGUGUUGGAGCAGUAGGAUGUGUACCGAGACUAAGACUGAGGAGCAAAACCCAUGAAUGCGAUGAAGAAGUCAACUCGUGGGCUGCUAAAUACAAUGAACAACUUAAAGCAACGUUAGUGGAGCUGAAAUCAGAACUUCAAGACCUAAACUACUCGUUCUUUGAUUUGCAUGCUAUCAUGCAAAAUAUCAUCCGAAAUCCAACUGCUCACGGGUUUAAAGAGGUCAAAGCUGCCUGUUGUGGAAUUGGCGUACUGAGAGCUAAAAUCCCUUGUUUGCCAAUUUCAUUAUAUUGUCCGAACAGGAAAAAUCAUGUUUUCUGGGAUUUGUAUCAUCCAACGGAAGCGAUGGCUCGCAUUGUAGCGGAUGCCAUUUUCGAUGGUCCUUCAGAGUAUUCUGUCCCUAUGAAUGUUAGGCAGUUAGUUUUAGCUUAGCUGGC